GAUCCUCCGGUACAGACACAGCUCAGCAGCUGCCACCCCAGCUGGGCCUCACACAAUGGACGGGGAAAGCAUCAAACCAAGCUCCCAGCCCCUGAUACAAACUGGGGAUGAUGAAAAGAACCAGAGGACCAUCACUGUCAACCCUGCCCACAUGGGGAAGGCGUUCAAGGUUAUGAAUGAACUGCGGAGCAAACAGCUAUUGUGUGACGUGAUGAUUGUGGCAGAAGAUGUCGAGAUAGAAGCCCACCGUGUGGUCCUGGCAGCCUGCAGCCCCUACUUCUGUGCGAUGUUCACAGGUGACAUGUCUGAGAGUAAAGCCAAGAAGAUAGAAAUCAAGGAUGUGGAUGGGCAGACCCUGAGUAAGCUGAUUGACUAUAUCUAUACGGCUGAGAUUGAGGUGACUGAAGAGAACGUCCAGGUGCUGCUCCCAGCCGCCAGCUUGCUACAGCUCAUGGAUGUUCGUCAGAACUGCUGUGACUUCCUGCAGUCUCAGUUGCAUCCCACCAAUUGCCUGGGCAUCCGUGCCUUUGCAGACGUGCAUACCUGCACCGACCUGCUGCAGCAGGCCAAUGCUUACGCAGAGCAGCACUUUCCAGAGGUGAUGCUGGGGGAAGAAUUUCUUAGCCUAAGUCUGGACCAGGUGUGCAGCUUGAUAUCCAGUGACAAGCUGACCGUUUCUUCAGAAGAGAAGGUAUUUGAAGCUGUGAUUUCAUGGAUCAAUUAUGAGAAAGAGACCCGUUUAGAGCACAUGGCAAAACUGAUGGAACAUGUCCGUCUCCCUCUCUUGCCGAGGGAUUACCUCGUCCAGACAGUUGAAGAAGAAGCUUUGAUAAAGAAUAACAACACCUGUAAGGACUUCCUCAUCGAGGCCAUGAAAUACCAUCUGCUCCCUCUGGAUCAGAGGCUCUUGAUUAAAAACCCAAGGACCAAGCCCAGGACUCCAGUCAGCCUGCCCAAGGUCAUGAUCGUGGUUGGUGGCCAGGCACCCAAGGCCAUCCGCAGCGUGGAGUGCUAUGACUUUGAAGAGGAUCGCUGGGACCAGAUCGCUGAGCUUCCCUCCAGGAGAUGCAGAGCAGGUGUGGUGUUCAUGGCUGGCCAUGUGUAUGCAGUGGGCGGGUUCAAUGGCUCACUGCGUGUGCGGACAGUGGACGUGUAUGAUGGGGUGAAGGACCAGUGGACGUCCAUCGCCAGCAUGCAGGAGCGCCGGAGCACGCUGGGUGCAGCUGUGCUCAAUGACCUGCUCUAUGCCGUGGGGGGCUUUGAUGGCAGUACUGGCCUGGCGUCGGUAGAAGCCUACAGCUACAAGACCAACGAGUGGUUCUUCGUGGCCCCGAUGAACACGCGCCGUAGCAGUGUAGGCGUGGGUGUGGUAGAAGGGAAGCUGUAUGCUGUCGGGGGCUAUGAUGGGGCCUCUCGCCAGUGCCUGAGCACCGUGGAGCAGUACAACCCAGCGACCAAUGAGUGGACAUAUGUGGCGGACAUGAGCACUCGCCGCAGCGGCGCAGGGGUUGGGGUCCUCAGUGGGCAGCUGUACGCCACAGGUGGGCAUGAUGGGCCCUUGGUGAGGAAGAGUGUCGAGGUUUACGAUCCUGGAACAAACACCUGGAAGCAGGUGGCAGACAUGAACAUGUGCCGACGCAAUGCAGGGGUCUGUGCAGUGAACGGGCUCCUGUAUGUGGUUGGUGGGGAUGAUGGAUCCUGUAACUUGGCUUCGGUGGAGUACUACAAUCCUGUCACUGACAAGUGGACGAUGCUGCCAACCAACAUGAGCACAGGGCGGAGCUAUGCAGGUGUUGCUGUGAUUCACAAGCCCUUGUGA